AUGGAUUUUAAAUAGUGUCAAAAAGAUGACCACUAAGGCUAACCAGUAACUUUUAUUGUAUAAGAAAACAAUCAUUGGACGAUGUGUUGUGGAAUGUGUUAAUUUGAAUCAAAACUGCCAAAAUAAUCAUUCACAGCUAUCAAAGAUCUUGAAAAAAUAAAUUAAGAAACUAUAGAAACUAUCAAUUAGUCGGAAAUAAUAAAUUGUUUAGAACACUCAUUGGAGUUGGUCAAAGAUUGGUAAAGUAUGUUUGAGAAUUUAUUAUUGGAACUAAAAAACUUAUUUUUAUAAAAAAUAAACUACUACAACUCUUUAAUUGAAACAUUAAAAGAGAAUUAUAAGUUCUUUAUAUUAAAUGAUAAUAAAUUAUAAGAGGUUCUUGAAUGUAGGGAAAAAAUUAACUUUAAUUUAAUAAAAUAGUUAGAUGAAAUAUCAAUUCUUGAAAUAAACAUGAAUAAUGCAUAUGAAAUCUUAAAAUAAAGUUCAAUUUUUCAAUCAUCAGAAGAUGAAAUAACAUAAGGAUUAAUAGAAGAAAAACAAAAUGAUAAUUAGGAAAAAUCUUAAACUAAUUCUAUCAUAAAAGAAUAAUAAAAGAAUAAUGAUACUUAGGUAAAAAUCAAAGAAGAACCUGAAGUAUUAAAAUUAGAAAAUUUAUAUUAAAUUUCUUUUUAGAUGUAACAUAUUUUUUUCAUUUAGAAAUGAAAAUAAAUGUAAUCAGGAAGAUUAAUUAGGAAUAUAUAAAUUACAAAUAAAUUAAAAUGAAUAUUAUGAAGGUUAGUUUUAUAAAGGUAUGAUGCAUGGAAAAGGAAAACUCAUUAAAAAAACUCAAAAUUAUGAAUGCAUGUAAUUAUUAUUAUUAUUUAUUUAUAGCUAUGAAGGUGAAUUUUAUGAAAAUCAAAAACAUGGUAGAGGAAAAGAAACAAUAAUCGAAACAUAAAUUAAAGAUUUUAAUUAAUCUUUUUUUGAGAGUAUGAAUAUUAAUAGACCAACAUAUUAAAAGAAAACAGAACUAAUUGGAGAAUUUAAGAAUAAUAAGAAAAUUGAUAUAUUUACUAAAAUUUAAUAUACUAAUGACAUUAAAUAGUCAGAAAUGUAUUUAAAUUCUAUUAAAAUAGCUACUUAAUUUUUAAAGAUGGUGUAUUAAUUAGCGAAAUGUAAUGA